AUCACGCGCAGUCAUGCACUCUGUGCAGGCGGUGCAGAUGUAGCUGUAGUCAUAUGACAAUUAAAUUAGUCCAGUUAAAGUAGUGACACAGUCAGAUCUAUAGUCAGUGUUCAUUAUAGGUUGGAGCAGAUGGUUGGUUUUAUCUAGCUCAUUCAGCGGUGAGAAAAGCUGCGCGUGUGAUCAUGACAGAGGUAAAGAAAGAGGUGUUCGGAGCCGUCCCCGAACUAGGUUCCGUAGAAAAGUGGACUUUGAGCACAGACAGUCUCUGUGUGGAGGUCAUCUCUCUGGGUUGUAUCGUAACGGCAAUAAAGACCCCCGAUCGGCAGGGCCACUUCGAGGAUGUUGUGCUUGGUUUUGAUGAUUUAGAAAGUUACGUGUCAAACCCACGCUAUUUUGGUGCAGUGGUGGGCCGGGUUGCAAACCGGAUUGCCAAAGGCCGCUUCUCCAUAGACGGACAGCAAUACAAACUCGCUGUGAACAAUGGGCCUAACGCUCUCCAUGGGGGCCUACAGGGAUUUAACAAGGCAUUGUGGACGAGCGAAAUCGUGAAGAACGGAGUCAAAUUCAGCCACUGCAGCCCUGAUGGAGACGAAGGUUACCCUGGAAACCUGCGUGUGUCUGUCACCUAUUCCUUGGACAAACACACUCUAAGCGUCCAUUACAGCGCCCACACAGACAAAACAACACCUGUCAACCUCACCAACCACUCUUACUUUAACCUGGGAGGACAGGGCAAAGUUGAUAUUUAUGACCAUGAGGUAACUAUGUCAGCCCAGGCUUACCUGCCCGUUGAUGACACAAUGAUCCCAACAGGAGAGGUGAAGUCGGUGGAAAACACGCCCUUUGACCUCAGAGCACCCGUUCUGAUUGGCUCCCGAUUGAAGGAACUUCCUGGUCCUGGAUUUGACCACAACUUCUGUCUGUGGGAGCCAGCGCAACCAUGCGAGGAGCAUCCCUGCGCCAGGGUGGUGCACCCUGAGAGUGGGCGGGUUCUGGAGGUGAGCACCACCCAACCAGGAGUCCAGUUCUACACCUCCAACUUUCUGGAUGGAACCCUGCGAGGUAAAGGUGGAGCCUGCUACCCCAAACACAGCGCCUUCUGCCUGGAGACCCAGAACUGGCCUGACGCAGUCAACCAGCCACGGUUUCCUGAUGCCCUGUUGAGGCCUGAAGAGGAAUAUUCACACACCACUCACUUCAAAUUCACUGUGGUCUAACCAGAGAUGUUCACAAGUCAUUUUUUUGGAAGUCCAAGUCGAGUCUCAAGUCUUUGGCCAUUUGAUUUCUCCCUAAAACUGUAUUGUUAAAUUUUAUGCUGCCAUCCAUACAGUACAGUAUCAAAAUCAGUUGUAGGAUAACUUCAUGGGGUUUCUGCCUGCACUGCAAUCUGAAGAAACUCUUCAGAAUCUGAAGAACUGCAAUCUGAAGAACUCUUGUUUAUUUUGCUUGCCACUCAUAAAAUCUGCAUGAUACAACUGA